ACAGAUUGAAUCAGAGAAAUGGCUUACAGAAAUCAAACUUUGGUCACUGAAUUUUUUUUCGUGGGAUUAACAAAUCACUUCCAGUACCAGGUUGUAUUAUUUCUGGUGUUUCUCUUUGUUUAUCUUGUCACCCUUCUGGGGAACUUGGGGAUGAUCACUCUCAUUUGGAUGGAUUCCCGACUCCACACCCCCAUGUACUUUUUUCUCAGCCACUUGUCCUUUGUGGAUGUCUGCUCCUCUUCUGUCACAGGUCCCAAGAUGUUGACUGAUAUCUUCACGGACAAAAAAGUCUGUGUGCAGCUGGUGGUGGGACCUUAUGCCAUGGGCCUUAUUAGCACCUUGACUCAUACGACUUUCGCCUUCCGCCUACCCUAUUGCGGUCCAAAUAUCAUCAAUCACUUCUUCUGUGACCUGCUUCCUGUUCUCUCCCUGGCAUGUGCAGACACCCAUGUAAAUAAAUUUUUGCUUUUCAUUUUUGCUGGAGCCCUGGGAGUGCUCAGUGGUGUGAUUAUCUUGGUCUCCUACAUUAACAUUGUCAUGGCCAUCCUCAGGAUCCGCUCUGCUGAUGGGAGGCGCAAAGCCUUUUCUACUUGCUCUUCCCACCUGACAGCUGUCUCCAUCCUUUAUGGAACACUCUUCUUUAUCUAUGUACAUCCAAGCUCUAGUUUCUCUCUGGACAUCAACAAAGUGGUUUCCUUGUUCUACACAGCAGUGAUCCCCAUGUUGAACCCACUUAUCUACAGCCUGAGAAAUAAGGACGUCAAAGAUUCAUUCAGAAGAAAGAUUGAAAGGAAGAAGUUUCUUAGAGCCUUAAGGAGUCACAAGGAAUCCCAAGAUAAAUAUGGAUAUGUUGCAUAUCACUAA